CCAACAUCAAACGCAGCAUCAGAUGCAACAACAUCAGCAGCAGCAGCAGCAGCAGCAGCAGCAGCAGCAGCAGCAGCAGCAGCAGCAGCAGCACCAUCAUCCACUUCAGCAGCCUCUCCAAAUUCAGAUCCCUGUUACCUCCAUGUCAUCCGGACAGACUUCAGGUGCAGCGAUGCUCCAGCAGGGGGCGCUGCAGAUACAGAUCCCUCAUCCACCUGCUGAUUUAGUGGUUGAGAGAGCAUUGGGGGUUGAACACGAGCACCUCCUGAAAAUCAAAAGCAUGCGGCAAACUCAACAGCUGGCUGAAGGCGAUACAUUGGUGUUUAGUGCCCCUCUGGAGCUCAGUAAGAUGAACCCCCCGCCCCCCUACCCCGGGACAGUGGCUGCCGCUGUAGCAGCUGCAGCAGCUGCUGCCGCCUCAGCAUCCGCUGCAGCCUCCAGUCUUGCAUCUGGAUCAGGAGGGGGCCCCAGUGGGACUCCUCCCCCUGGAGAACUGUCACUAAAGAAGGGCGAGUUCUCACUUUAUCCUUCAGGUCAGCAACAAGCUCAGUACCCCACACCCCUGGGAUAUGAGAGGAUAACAACAUUUGACAGCAGUGGCAAUGUGGAGGAAGUAUGUCGUCCUCGAACACGCCUUGUCUGCAAUCAGAAUGUGUACACACUCCAGGGACCUGGCAGCUCCGCCACUCUCAGGGUCACCUCCUCCUCCUCAGCUGACAAGAAGAACCAGCUUCCCUACACCUCUGCCACACUCAACAGACUCACCGCACCUCGCUAUUCCAUACCCAGCGGAGACCCGCCCCCGUACCCUGACCCGGCUAAUCAGAACAGUGCUGUUGGCAGGAACCCUGGACAGAGGCUUGACAGCAGUUUGAUCCACGCCACUCUCAGGAGGAACAGCCGAGAGGCCGCUCUCAAAGUCUCUCAGAUGCUGGAGGCGCCCAGGCCACUGCCUCCGAAGGCUAAGAACAGUAGUAGUAGUUCACUAGCAGCCUCCUUCCAGCAGAGGGUGCCAACAGCCUUAUACACGUGCAGUCAGUGUAGCAGCGGAUCUAGUGUCGGAAGCACUGCCCCAGGGAGCACUAAUGGAAUAGCUGGAGGAACUAUAAUCAGGCAGGAUUUCCCUCCGGGCAACGGGGCACCACACAGCACAGUCAUUGUUCACUCCAACAGCACCACUUCUCUGGCCUCGCAGUCCUCUUACAGCCUGCUGAGCGCUCUUGAAGGAUCUGGGAUCACAGGAGGAGGAAGUAACAGAGACAGGGCAGAUUAUGUGAAUUCAGCAUUUACUGAGGAUGAAACACUGAACCAGUCAUUGAGGAAUCUGGCGCUAGGAGGAAAUGAUGCAUCAGGACUAGUUGUGAAACGCCCACCUCCCUAUCAGUGGGACCCAGCAGCCACAGAGGAGGUGUGGGUUCCUCAGGAACGGACAGCCACCCUGAGUACUGCUGGACCCCCCGGACCCCACAAACCACCUCCACUUAUUCUUAGCCCUGCUCAGCACUUAGAUGUGUCCAGGCUGCCUUUUGUCCUCUCUCCAAAGUCCCCCACCAGUCCAAGUGCUGCUUCAUUUCAAGCUGCUGCGGCAGCCGCAGGAUACCAAAUCUCUCUCCAGUACCCUCCAUCCUCUGCCUAUCCUGGGGCCCAGCUACAGCCCAUCCAAGGGUCCUCACGCCCCUGCUCCUCCCCAAAGGAGCUUGUUGCACCAGUACCCUUCUCACAGCAGGAUGCAACCCUUGUCUUACCGCCUGGUUACCAUGCAAACCUGGCAAACCUCACCUGCUGCCCUCUUCCACCCCUGUAUCCAGGAGGAAGUUCUUGUGCCGGCCUCCCUAUUCCCUCCAUUGCCCUCCACACUCCUUGGGGUACAUAUAACUCUUGCCCUCCUAUGUCCAGUCCUGCAGUGCCACUACCACCCAAAGCCUCCCACAUGGCAGUAGACAAAAAUGUCCUUUCGCCUCCUCCUCCACCCCCACCCCCUCCACCUCCACCUCCACCAGUAGAGCUGCAGGAGGCCAUGGCAGACGCCGGGGAAGGCUUCCAGGAGGUGCUCUCCUUGACCGAGAGCCCUGUCCCACAGCGGUCUGAUAAGUUUGUAAAGAAAAACCGCAAGCGAGUGGAUGGGCGCGCCGAGGAGGUUAACGUGCCGCCUUUGCCUGAAGGGAGCAAGUCGAAAAAGGAGAGCAGAGCUUUGGGUGAUUUCAACUCCCUUAUCUCUAGUCCAAGGCUGGGAGGGAGGGACAAGAAGAAGCUGAAGGGACAGAAAGAGCAGCAGCUGAAGGCCAAGAAGCUGAGUAAGGGCACUGCCAACAGUGAGUUCCAAGACAGUUCAGAGAGUGAGCCAGAGCUCUUCAUCAGUGGAGAUGAGCUGCUCAAUCAGUGCCAGAGUGGUAAGAAGGGCUGGAAGAGUAAGAGGAACCUGAGGGCUGCCAAUGAGCUGGACGAGAUAAAGUGUCGGAAGGCCAACGAGAAGGAGGACCGAGGGCUGGGCAGCCAGGGCUUCGUGUACGUCAUGGCAAACAAGCAGCCACUGUGGAAUGAAGCCACACAGGUGUACCAGCUGGACUUUGGUGGGCGCGUCACACAGGAGUCUGCCAAGAACUUUCAAAUUGAACUGGAGGGCAGACAGGUGAUGCAGUUCGGCAGGAUAGAUGGCAAUGCCUAUAUCCUGGACUUUCAGUAUCCCUUCUCUGCUGUGCAGGCCUUUGCAGUGGCUUUAGCCAAUGUUACUCAACGCCUCAAAUGAGAUGUCCCCUCCCUACUUACCCUGAGUUAUAUCUGGGAUUUAAAUGCAAUCUGUUGGAGGGGCACAGUUGUUUCAUUUGAGAUUAAUAAUCUUUGAUUUAGAGAGGAGACUUAAAUCAGCCCGGGUUCAUAGAAAGAGAUACAAUCAUUCUGCACUACACAAUGCUGCCACUAGAGUUGGUGCAAUAAGCAUUGCUUGCAUUUGCCAAGGUCGCCCUCAGUCAGUGGCUCCUUGCAAUGCAUGUAGGGCCAAAGAGCUGAGCUUUGGUAAUCAUCAUGCAAAUAAAUGCUGCUUUAGCUAGUAGAAGCUUAUAGACAUGAUAACCUGUAAACAGAGAGGAAUUGUCGAGGUGCAGUUUUCAAAAGAAGCAGCAGUAAUACUUGAAAACCACACUCUGGAGAUCACAGUUGUUUAUUUCCCAGAGCGCACAGGUACUACUGGGCACUGAAAUCCAUUGCUGUACAAACUUCAGUGAAACAGUUACCACUUUAUUAUACUGCUUUUGCUUUUAGGAUUUUAUUAAAUGGCAGAGAGUAGGAGGGUCUUUUUGUUUUUACUCUCUGCCAUUCCUUUUGUUACUAUCUCAAUACUAUCUUGGCUGGAAUUGAGGCUUAGAUAUAUGCAUCAUUUAGGAGCACUACUAAGAGGUCACACUUUUCACUGUAGUAAAAGGUGUGUCACUGUUAAACACUUGGGAAGGUCGAGGAGUAAAUAUAGAUGAGUUGAACUGCAGUCGUUUCCACAUAGUUUCCUGGGACUUUGAAGGAAGAAGAAAUGUUACUCCGCUACAUGGAUUAAUUUAAAUGUAAUGUACAUUUUGUUCUUUAUCUAUUCAGAUAUGAAUUUUAACGUUAUUGUCAUUGUUUGUGAUAUCCAAUCUUCAUACCCUGUCAACAUUGUUUUCAACUUACCUGUUUUAUUUGGGAGAACUAGGGGCUGAAUUUGAAUAUUACUCUGUAGUCCAGAAUAAUUCAGGAGGGAGGGGUGGACUGAAUAGCUUUGACUGAUAUAUCCUGUACUUAGGGAAAUACCUACAUACGCUGACAUUGUCGUAAAAGAAGUCGCCAGGCCUGGAUUGAACAACUUAACCUCUGGCAUGAUGUGAUUUGUCACCUGCUGCCACUUCUGUGAAGUGAGUGUGUAGUUUGCUCCUGCUCUUCAAAUACCACACUAAACAUACAAGCAAGGUACAGGAAUUAUUUUUGUAUAUUUCACCUAUGCCAUUUCAUACUCUUUUCAGAAGUCAUGUAAAUACAUAUCAGUCAUGAUGUAAAUGUUGUAAAGAGACUUGGGUGACUUUGACAGAUGUCUGUUUACGCCUGUCUCCACUGUGUUUUAAGUGUCAUUUCAGGUGUGGAGCGUCGCUGUAGUACUGUUCAGCUCAACAGCUACAACCACAAACAAAAACAAGUUAAGACUUAAGCUGAAAUCAUUGUCACUGAAUCUUUGAAGUCAGAACUCCAAUGAAGGAUGAAGCUAUUGAAAUCUGUUCAUUUAGAAAGCUGACACUAAUAUCUGAAAAGCUGUUUUUUUCUUUCUUCUUUAAGGCAGUCACGCUUGUCUUUGUGUUGAACUAAGAACACAGAGCAGGAUAGGAGCAUGGGCAGUCAAUUAUUAGCCACAUUGCCAAAAUAAAUAAAUAGAUUUUUAUCAAUUUAAAGGAAUACUUCAUCAUGUUGACCUUGAAACCUUGAAGAAACAACAACAAAUUGUAAAUCGUAAUGAGUAAUUGAUGUACAAAUUAUCAUUACGGGGUUGAAAUAUUCCUUAAAGCUGGUAGCCAAACAAAAAAGGGCAGUAAUAUUGGGUAGGUGAGAUCAUAUUCACCUUUAACUUUUGUGCCAAAAUAUCCAUUUGCUAAGAUUUAUAGUAAAAAAAUGGGCCUAGAAGAAAGUGUAACUUGAUAUAAAGAAAUGUAUAACUUUGGACCAGCUAUGUUUUGGUCUUUGAAUUGAUGAGAUUAUUAAAUUCUUUAGUGUGAGCUUUAUUUAUCACAACCAGAUGCAUGUCUGUCAGAGGGGGUGGGGGCUGUAGGGAUGGGGGAUACAAUACAUAAUUAAAAAAGUCUCUUCUGAUCCAAAAAAAAGAACAUGAGCAUGUCAUGAAGAAAAUAUCCAUUUUCUGUGUUAGUUGUGCAAUAUUUUCUUGGGAGGGGGGGGUCCUUUGUUAUCACUUUUGACCACAGUUUGAUACCAUUCUUUUAGUUCAGCAUCUCAGUUGCAUUUUAUUUAUGAGAUUAUUUCCUGAAGGAGAUAUAGUAUCUAUACAUACUGUAUAUUGUGGAGUUUUCUGAACAUUUCCUUGUGUUGAUAAAACAGGUGGUUACAAGUGUAGCUCAGACGAUGAGAUGGGGUUUGGUCGGGGGCGGGGUUCGGGCAAGUUUUCUGUGUUUUGUGAAGUUUGCUUUGGAUGGAAAGAUGUGAAUGAGUAAGUGCCCAGUUUAGUGUAGUUGGUAGACUAGUUAUGUAGAGUGUAACUGUUAAGUCAAGGUGUGUCUGUAUUCAACUGUGCAGUCUACCAAUCCCAUCAGUGUUAAAUCUAUUAUCUUUAAACGUGUGUGUUCAUGGCUUCUUACACAUACACACACAUCAUUCACUCACAAGUGUAAACCACUGAGUUCAUGUUCAGAAUUGCCUCUAUGGACUUAGGUUAAGGAUUCACUUUAAACGGAUUUUACGAGAUGACCUGUUGUAGAUAUUGUAGGAUUUGGCUUUUCUUUAGAAAAGGUAUGUGCUUUGUAUUUGUAGUUGUAGACUUAAAUGACAAAAACACUUGAAAAGAAUCUGAGUCUGAUUUGGUGACUGAACGUUUAUAGUGAAUGGAUAGUAAGGCAUGCCAUGUAAAUUAUUUUAUAAUUGUAUAUGUCACGCAUCUUUUGAAUAAAACGUCAUUGUUUCCGAAAUAA